AUGUACAAAAUCUCAAAUAUCUACGUUCUCGCCGCCUUUGGUACCAUCGGCGGGGGUCUCUUCGGUUUCGAUGUGAGCUCCAUGAGUGCCUGGAUUGGCGUCGAUACCUAUACUGCGUACUUUGGCUAUCCUGACUCCAAUCUUCAAGGAGGUAUCACUGCCUCCAUGUCCGCAGGCUCUUUUGCUGGAUCCCUCGCAGCCGGAUGGUUAUCAGAUUUACUCGGCCGUCGCAAGGCACUCAUGAUUGCCUCAUGGGUAUGGAUUGUUGGAGCAAUGGUUCAAUGCAGUGCACAAAAUGUCACACAUCUCGUGGCCGGUCGUGUUGUGAGCGGUCUCGCUGUCGGUGUGACCUCAUCACAAACAUGUGUCUACUUGUCCGAGCUAGCUCCAGGUCGCAUACGCGGCCGAAUUGUUGGCAUGCAGCAAUGGUCCAUUGAGUGGGGUAUAUUGAUUAUGUAUCUCAUCGCAUAUGGCUGCUCACAAGGUGUAUCUGGACCCGCUGCAUUCCGCAUCUGCUGGGGUAUUCAGGCCGUUCCUGGUCUGAUCCUUUUCAUUGCACUGCUAUUCUUCCCCGAGUCACCUCGCUGGCUCGCUCAAAAGGAGCGCUGGGAAGAAACUGUCGAGACACUCGCUAUGAUUCAUGCAAAUGGCAAUCGCAAUGAUCCCGUUGUGCAAGCAGAAUUUGAGGAAGUCCAGGAGGCUGCUCGAAUUGCUCAUCAGUCAAAAGACGUCUCAUUCCUUGCUUUGUUCGGACCUCGUAUAUGGAAGCGCACUCUCUGCGGAGUCAGCGUACAGGUCUGGCAGCAAUUACUUGGAGGUAACGUUGCAAUGUACUACGUUGUGUAUAUCUUUGAAAUGGCUGGAAUGACUGGAAACACAACCUUGUGGUCUUCCGCUAUUCAAUACGUGAUCUUCGUCAUCACCACCGGUAUCAUGCUCCCCUUCAUUGACCGUGUGGGUCGACGAACCUUGCUACUUAUAGGAUCAGUAUCCUGCUGCGUGGUCCAUGCAAUUAUCGCUGGUGUCAUGGCAACUAAAGGCCACUCUGUCGCCGAGGUUAAUGGAAAUUCCAACCUUACCUGGAUUAUCACCGGCAACGCCGGUACAGCAGUUAUUGCGUUCUCCUACAUCUUCACCGGUAUAUACGGUUUCACCUGGGCCCCAAUAGGGUGGAUCUAUGCCUCCGAGGUAUUCCCAUUGAAGUACCGAGCCAAGGGAGUCGGACUAUCAGCCGCCGGUAACUGGAUAUUCAAUUUUGCCAUCGCGUUCUUCGUGAGUCCAAGUUUCCACAAUAUCCAGUGGAAGACGUACGUUAUCUUUGCAGUCUUCUGCUUUGUCAUGACGUUCCAUGUGUUCCUCAUGUACCCAGAGACAGCGGGGCGGACGCUCGAGGAGAUUGACAUCGUCUUUGACUCAAAUGUCAAACCAUGGCGUACCAAUCUGAUUAACGACACCUUCGAGGAGGAGGUUGAGAAGCACAAGAAUGAGAAAGUCCUGAAAGUGACUGAAGCCACGCAUGAGGAGGUAGUGUAG